CGAGGCAGGAAAGUUCACUUCAGUCAUUAAGAGUGAAAGCAGGGAAACAUUAGUGUCAGUAGCAGAAAGUCAGCUGACAAAACUGUCUGAGACUACGAGCUGAGCGAUGGGAAGCGAUAUAAUGAUACCAAGAUCUGGUGUUUGUCGUCUCACCUGGAUGAGAAGGUCCUAACCAAAGUCCCGGCUGCGUUCAAAGGUUUCAGGGGAAGAAAAACAAUGAAAAGCUUUUUGCUUCUCUGCGUUUUGAUCUUCGCGACGCUGCAGCGGAGCUUUAGCCAGACGGGUGCUUUACCUGACACAGAGCUGGACCGCUGUGAAGGCGACAUUCUCCUGUUGCUGGACUCCUCCGGAAGUGUGACCACCUUAGACUUCUCUCGCUUUUUGAUCUUCGUCGCCAACCUCCUUCACCCGUUCUCCCUGGGCCGGGGCCACGUCAGAGUGGCUCUGGUGCUGGUGGGCACCGAGCCUCACCUGGAGUUUGACCUGGAUGUUCACGGCGACCAGGAGAGCCUGCUGAGAGCCCUGCAGAGCGUCCGCCAGCUGCAGGGGGACACCAACACGGAGGCGGCUGUGGGACUGGCGCGGCGGCUGCUGCUGCUGGAGGCGGAGGGGGACGUGCCGAAGGUGCUGCUGUGGGUGACAGACGGCGUCCAGCCUGGAGACGUGGAGGGGCCGAUGUCUGAGCUGAAGGCUCGGGGGGUUCGCGUGUUGAUUGUUUCUACCAUUCAUGGCGACUACAGGGUGUUACGGCGUGUGGCGACGCCUCCUUUGGAGUCCCACCUACACUUUGUGGACAUAGAGAGCAUCGACAUCAUCGUAGAGAACCUGAGGGAGGCCAUCAUCAAAAUUAUUUGUGCAGAACGACUGAGCGUGGUUAACUUGACCUCCCAUAGUGCUGUGCUGCAAUGGAGUCCUGUUCUGGCUGCUGACGGCGGUUACUAUGUACUGACGUAUAAACCUGUGGGUAAACUCCAGGAUGAGAACAGGACGGUUCUCCCAAGCACCUCCAGCCGAGUGGAGCUGACCAAACUGCAGCCUGACACCACCUACACCGCUUCCCUCCACCCGGAUUCCAACCAGAGGCUGUUCAGCACACUCUCUGUGAAUUUCACCACGCUUCCUGACGUUUUAAGUCCAGCUGAGGUCACCGUGUCGGACUCUGGUCCCCGUCAGAUCCGUGUCAGCUGGGGGCCCCUGCAGCCAGCUCGGGUACAAAGAUACGUUGUGGAGUACGGAGCUUUUCCAAGUGGACAUGUUCAAACUGUGACUGUAAGCAACCAGAGAAGCUCUGUGAUACUGAGGGACCUGGAGCCGGGCACUCAGUACCUGAUCACAGUCAGCGCUCUGCAUGCGGACGGAAGACAAAGAGCCAUGUCUGUGAGGAGCUGCACUCAGGAAGCAGCUCGGCCUGCCCUCACCGACCUUCAGCUGGCCCUGAUGGAUCGAUGGGAGGGCAACGAGGUACAAGCAUCCUGGCAGGCCGACACAGACGGACUGAAAGGUUACUGGGUGAGCUGGGAGAGAAAAGAUUCCCGGAGCUCCCAGUCAGAAAGCUCCCCUUCCUCCGCUUACCUCCCCCCCUCCACCCCUUCAAUCCGACUCACCCACCUUGCUCCAAACAGCCGGGUGUGUGUGUCUCCGGUCUACAGCUCGGGUCGAGGAGAAGGCAUCUGCUGCACUGCCAAGACAGGCGGUCAUUAGAGGCACUGACGGGCUCCGUUCAUCUAAUUAGUGCAAUUAAAUUCAUAAGUUGUUGGGCACUUAA